CCCAGUUGGGCGCACGCGCGGUUCCGCUAGGAGGAGCAACCUGGAGCUAUGGCGGCUGCAGCGGUACACCCUGCGUCUCUGCGACUGCGGCUGCUCCUCUCGCCCUUGAAAUCCAGGACCCGCGUGCCGCAAGCGGAGCCCGCAGCCGCCUUCGGUACUGCAGUGACUUCGGCCAAGGUGGCUGUUAAUGGCGUUCACCUGCACUACCAGCGAACGGGAGAAGGGGAGCAUGCAGUCCUCCUGCUCCCUGGGAUGCUGGGAAGUGGAAGCACCGAUUUUGCACCACAACUUCAGAACCUAAACAAGAAGCGCUUCACAGUGGUGGCCUGGGACCCUCGAGGAUACGGACAGUCCAGACCCCCAGAUCGAGACUUCCCACUGGACUUUUUUGAAAGGGAUGCAAAGGAUGCUGUUGACUUGAUGAAGGUGCUGCAGUUCAAGCAGGUCUCCCUCCUGGGCUGGAGUGAUGGGGGCAUAACUGCACUCAUUGCUGCUGCUAAGAACCCAUCUUACGUCCGCAAGAUGCUGAUCUGGGGAGCGAACGCCUACGUCACUGAGGAAGAUUGCAGGAUUUACCAGGGUAUCCGAGAUGUUUCUAAAUGGAGUGAGAAGGCAAGGAAACCUCUGGAAGCCCUCUAUGGAUAUGACUACUUUGCCAAAACUUGUGAGAACUGGGUGGAUAGCAUCAGCCAGUUUAAAGAGCUGCCAGAUGGUAACAUCUGUCGGCACCUGCUGCCCCUGAUCCAGUGCCCAACCCUCAUUGUGCAUGGGGAGAAGGAUCCAUUGGUCCCACGCUUUCAUGCUGACUUCCUUCACAAGCAUGUGAAAGGGGCACGGUGCGAGGUAAUGUCCCAACCUGACCUGCAGCAGAUUGGACCAGCUCUACUCACAUUAGGGAAAGCAACUACCUUACUCAGCCUAUGGAUUCAGGUCUUAAUGUCAUCCCCAAACCCACACAGGAAGAGCUGCUAUAAUUUCUGAUCAAAUAACUGGGCACUGUGAGGCCUAGUCAAACUGGGAUUUCUCAAAGGCAUAAUCAAAGAAGAAAACCUUCUGUUCCUGUUAUGGGCAGCCAGAUUUGCAUGACUUUGGAGGUCUGCCAUUGGGGAUGAGAAAAAGGUCUGUGUAGCUUGCUGUUGUCCAGUUUCAUGAUGGACAAGAGCCCCUCACAAGGAACCAUCUGCUCCUUUGGCUUCCAGAGAAAGCAGAAGUCCCCACAGUUCUCCUGGCUGAUGUAUGGGUUCAGAGCGUAGUGAGAAUUUUGCCGCAUUCAUUCGGAGUGAAGAUGCUUUAACACAUUCAUUUUGGCCUCGUCACUGUUGGGCAGCUCUCACGGUUUCACUUGAAAGCUGACAAGGGUGAGAAUGGAGACAAAAUGGGACCAGGGAGAUCGGCAUCUUGGAUCACCAUGACUGAGAGGGGCUGGAUCUGCAACAGCUUCUUCCCAUAAGAUCUAGACUUUAUAAAGGUGCCACAUGCUAUAGGACCCCUCCCUUGCCAAUAGGAACUUUCGCCCUGUAGGUCCCCUUCACGACCAUCUGAGACAUGUGCUUAAUGACAGGCUUUCCUACUAAUUUUCCUGGAGAGUAUGAUUGUUUGAAAGCUACUCGUGAGGCACGUGCGUCCUUUUGUUGUCUGGGUAAGAACUGGGUCAGCUGCAGAGCGGCUGUCUGGCCAAGUGUUUAUGGCUGGCUGUUCUGGUCCUGUUCCCAAGAGGAUCCACAGUAGGUUCCACACAGUAAAGGGAAGAUUUGCAUAAAAACCUGGAAAGGCUUCAAGGAGAAUAAUUUUCUCCAUAAUUUCAUCCAUCCACGCAUGCAUGUAUCCAGUCUAUCCAUCCAUCCAUCCAUCCAUCCAUCCAUCCAUCCAUCCAUCCAUCUAUCCACCUAUCCAUCCACUCAUUCACCACCCACUGUCCAUCUCUGCAUCCACUAAUGUAUCCACCUGGCAUUUAGAGGAGUUCUCUCAUAUUUUUAGUAUAAAGGAACUCAUGUUUAUUUUCCCAAGAUCUAGACAUGUUGUAGAAAAACUUUAGGUUUUACUGUAUAACUAAAACAGGGAUGUACAGCUGGUCUCUUCCUGUUUUUAUUGGGAACCAGCGAAUUGUAGAAAUGGGACAGAACAGGUGGCAGCUGAGUUGGGCAUCUCUAGAUGUACUUCAGGAUGGUCAGGUCAGGGUUUUUUGGUCUCUGAACCCAACUUAAUUCAGAUAAAUGGUUGUAGUUUGGCCUAUACUUGUCCUUCUGCUACCUCAGCAUCCUGGGAAACUAAGCCUUGCCUGUAUCCCAAAAUCUGCAGCUUUUUGAGCAUCCCUGUAUCCCCAUGCCUGUGGAGUGUAGCUGGGUCAUCUUUGGGGCUGGACUAACGCAUCCCUUCUAAGAACACAUUUUGAACUUAAGAUAUUCUGGUUAUUAUUAAUAGCAUUAUUGACUUUACAGCUGUCUCUAAAAGAUACCAUCAAUAUAUAUUUCCUUUUUGCUUGAUUGUCUUGGUCCUCCCACUCCUGCCACUGGCGUAGCUGAGUUACAAGAGUCCCAACAUCUUCUGAGGAUAGCUGCCUUCCCCCAGUGUCUUCCCUAUUGCCUGCUGAAUUGCUAAGAGCAUCCAUCAUCAGUACUGCUGCUGAAAGACCAGAGACUUACAGGAUGGAUCAUUGGAAUUUCACUCCAGUCUAGUUCUUUUGACACCCAGUUGUCACUGUAGACAAGGCUGGAACUUGAGCUUGCCUCCUAAAAGCUUUGUUCAAACUUCUAUUUUUAUACUUUAGAAGCAAUAAAUAAGAUUUUUAAA